GUGCCGUGUGCAUCCAGUGUUUAAAUACAAUGGAUGAAACAAUAACUGCAAUCACUGUUACCUGCGCUCCUCCUGUCUCGCAAGGGAGCCAUCAUGUGGAAGAUAAUAGUGUUGUGCACGAUCGUGGGCUUGACGGCUGCCCAGAAGGCUGCCUUCAACAAUUACAAAGUCUUCAGACUAAUUCCAACUUCGGAGGCGCAGCUUGAAAUUCUACGCGAAUUGGAAGAAGUUUCCGAUGGAUUCUCCUUCUGGGAUGCACCGAGUUUCGUAAACAAACAAGCGGAUCUGAUGGUCGCUCCACACAAGUUGCCCGAAUUCUACGAGAAGAUGGGUCAGAUCGGGAUCCGCUAUCAGAAGUACAUCGACGAUGUCCAAGAAUUGAUCGACGAGACCACCCCUAUGACUCGAUCGAAGUCGUUCGAUUUCACCAGCUACCAUACCCUCGAGGAAAUCUACAAGAAUCUGGAUGAUUUGGCCAAGCAAUAUCCCGACAAGGUGCAAAUCGUCAUAGGCGGCAGAACGUACGAGGGUCGUCAGAUCAAGGGCGUCAAGGUUUCCUUCAAGGCCAACAAUCCUGGAAUCUUCGUCGAGGGUGGCAUUCACGCCAGGGAAUGGAUCUCGCCGGCUACCGUCAUGUACAUUCUCCACCAGCUGCUGACCAGCAACGACCCGGAGGUCAGAGCUCUGGCCGAGAGCAACGAUUGGUACAUCUUCCCCUCGUUCAAUCCCGACGGAUACGUGUACACGCAUACCACGAACCGAAUGUGGAGGAAGACGCGUAAGCCGUACAAUCUUUUCUGCAGCGGCAGCGAUCCCAACAGGAACUGGGACUACAGAUGGAACACCGGAGGUGCCAGCAGCAACCCGUGCUCCGAGACCUACGCCGGAAGUGCACCGUUCUCUGACAUAGAGACGAAAAGCAUGUCCGAAUACCUCAAGUCUAUUUCCGAUAAAUAUUACGCGUAUUUAUCAUUCCACAGCUAUUCGCAAUUAUUGAUGUUCCCGUACGGCCACACGACGGAUCAUCUUGAAAACUAUGAUGAAUUGUACGCUAUCGGCACAAAAGCGAUUACGGCACUUAAACAAAGAUAUGGCACUUCAUAUGUAACUGGAAAUAUUGCCGAGACGAUCUACAUAGCUACUGGAAGUACUGUGGACUAUGUUAAAGGCAUUUAUGGCAAACCUAUCGCUUACACGUACGAAUUGCGUGAUCAAGGCCGGUAUGGCUUCUUGUUGCCUCCUGACCAGAUUAUCCCGACUGGAGAAGAAACCAUGGAUUCUCUCGUAGCAAUGUUUAAAGAAGCAAAAGCACGUGGAAUUCCUAAUUAAAACUGACUUAAUUUGUAAAUAGUUUAUUAUUUCGACGAGAUAUUCUUUUCACAAAAAUUGCUAAUCUCUCUCUUUUUCAUUCCGUUUCAAAAUCUAAUGGUAAUGAUAAAUUUUAGUAAUUUUGGUAUUUUUAUAAAAAAAAAAACUUGAAUUUUCUUUAACGAUAUUAUUUUUAAAUAUUUUAUUAAAAUUAUUAUAUAUGUAAUUUAAUUAUCACUAUCAAUUUUAUUACGCUUUAGACGAAACAUUUUUAAUUGUAUUAUAAUUAUAUUGUAUUAUAAUUAUGUACUAGAUUCAAUAUCUUAUGCGCUAAUUCAAUUA